CUGUUUCGUUCGUUCGGUUUCAUAGAUUUCAUCCAUCAAUCAUCAUAGUCGAUUUUUUAUAGAAUAUGUAGGUAGUACCUAGGUAAUAGGUAUAAUUUGUUCUGGCUUUCGUUCCGUUUCAGUUCAGAGGAAGUUGUGUCAUGAAAUUGUGUGACGUCCUCUUAAAAGUUUAUUUUGUUUUAUUGAAUUAUUAUCAUUUAUGUAACGAUAGUUUCCUAUUAGUAACUCAAGCUGAUAAUCAAUCACUCAAUAACGGCCAGUGUCGUAUAAUUUAAUAUAUGAGUGCAUAAAAUGAAACUCGUAACUUUCUCUGGAGUGAUAAAAGUGAAAUAAAAAUUGGAGAUCUUUUACAGUAACUAGUGAAUACAACAAAAAAUAUAUAAAAUUUAGUGAUAAGGAAUAUUUAAUUUGGUAAAGAUAAUCAGAAAUGGAUAAAAUCAAACAGUUGUGGUCGAAAACGAACCGGUGGCAUCGCCUAACCUUUCUGUUCCUAGUUGUUCACUACCUGCCUUCCAAUCAGUUGGGCUUCGAGUGCAAUGACCCCGCAUUGUCACACCCUUUCACCGGCGACACAAUUAGCUGGAAGUGGCUUCUGGGUGUAGUUCUGUUUCUUCCACUAGUUGUUAUGUUAAUAGUAGAGAGAAAGUACAAUGCUGACGUAAAGACUGACCAAUCGAAACAACAAGCAGUGUUUUGGUACAAAGAGUACUUAUACGGGACUCUGUUAAACUUGACAAUAGUACACAUAUUGAAGAUCAGUGUGGGAUCCCCGAGGCCACACUUCUUUGACACAUGCAGUCCAAAAGAGGCGGAGACUUGUCAAGGUUCCGAAUUCGUGUCAAGCUACACGUGUACAAAGGCGCACUGGGUGAGCCAAUCAGACAAGAGUUUUCCGUCAGGGCACACGUCAUUGGCUAUACAUGCAGGAUUGUUUAUUGCAAAACUUUCAGUACUACCUGCAGCGGCGCGGACGCCGCCGCUGGGCGCAGCUGCUGAGCGCGGGCGGCGCGGCGCUGUGCGGCGGCUCGCGGCUGCGCGACCGCCGGCACCACUGGUGGGACGUCCUCGCUGGCGCGCUCGUCGCUGCGCCCAUAUUGAUUUAUACUAUUCACACCCUAUGCGACAACUUCCAGUGCCCGAAGAGAUGUGACAUCGAAAACAAAAGUGAUACAAAACCUAACGAUAAUGUUAAUCUAGUGAACAACGGUGAUACGUAACCAAAGGAUUUUGUGAUAAGUAGAAUCAUUUUUUAUUAUUUUUUUUUAUGACCAAGGGUAAUCUUUUACAACAGAUUUAUUAAAAAAUUACCAGUACUCUGUUUUAUUUUUCGAAAAACAGAAAAUCAAUUUAAAUUUCACAGAAUCGGCAACAUCCGAACAAUUAAGAUUGGAUAGGAAAUUUUGAAUCUGUUUUGUAAUACGUUUAUAUUAUUGGCAGAUAUGGAUUUAAAAAAUGGAACUUUAAAAAUAUUUUACAUUCAGUUAAUUUAUUCUUAUGUAUAACUGUUUGGGGUUUCUUUGUUAAAUUGUGAUUUUUGUUCACCGGCAAAAUUAACUAUUUUAUUAGAUGAUGAUUAUUAUAAUAAUAAUUGGUAUUAAAUACCAGAAACAGUACACUUAGAGAUUUCAUAGUACACCAGCGCCACAUAAGAAGUCCUGGGAAUAUAUGUAACUAUCAAUCAAAUCUGCCACGUUGCUGUUGAGAGCGACAGUGGCGCCGUCUGCGGGACUUCGUGGUGUUACUCUCACUUGUUUUAUAUUUUCUUGAUACUAAUUUGAUUAACUAUAUUUUUUAAAAAAUUAAACUUAUUGAACUAUUUUAUGUAACAAGUAAAAUGUAUACAUGUAAUGAAUUUAUUUAAUUAAUAAUUUUUUUUUAUAAGGUUUUGUCACGGAGUGACUGUGUCACCCCCAUAAGGUAAAAUAUUGUUAUGAUUAAAAUUGGAUAAAAAUAUUAUUUAAUCCUACAAUAUACACAAAGUAAAACUAACUAACCAAUCACCAAUCUUUUCAACGAUUCAUUACAAUGUACCUAAUUAUGUAAAUAUUAUAUCAUCAUCGCCUAUUGUAUGAAAUAAAAAGUAUUUAUUAUACCUAAUUGAGAUUCAUUUAUUUAGGUUUUUUUUUAAAUCAAGUUACCAGAAAUUCCAUAUUAAGAGCAAUUGUAUGUAUUGGGUGAAUUGGAAACACUAGCACAUAGGUAUUUAUUUAUUGGCGUAAUAAAUAUGUUAAAUACUA